AUGGCCCCCAAGAAGAACAAGAGAACCGCCGACUCCAUCAACUCGCGCCUGGCGCUUGUGAUGAAGUCCGGUAAGGUCACCCUCGGCUACAAGUCUACCCUCAAGAGCCUGCGCACCGGAAAGGCCAAGCUCGUCAUCAUUGCCGGAAACACCCCUCCUCUGAGGAAGUCUGAGCUCGAGUACUACGCCAUGUUGUCCAAGACCUCCGUCCACCACUUCUCCGGCAACAACAUUGAGUUGGGCACUGCUUGCGGUAAGCUCUUCCGCUGCUCCGUCAUGUCCAUCCUCGAUGCCGGUGACUCCGACAUCCUGUCCCAGAACACCGAGAACUAG